AUGAAAUUCACCUUGUUCUCUGGCGUGCCCAGUCAAUCCCCUCUUCCAGAGAACCCACUAUCCGAGCCCUUUGAACUUGUCGCUCUUCCUGGUCCCGACAUUUGGAGAACUCCAUCUUGCGCUGGAGGGCGCGAUGACUUCAACGGACCCAUCUAUGCAACUCCCAUCCCUCUAAACUCAUUCAAAAGCGCAAAGGUCACUAUCUCCUCAGAUUUCCCUGGGAAUUACUCUCAAGGCGGUCUCAUCUUGUUCAUGCCCGAGUCCAUCCCAAUCACUCAAACCGAUUCUCAAGUGCGACUUGAGGAAUCACCACGGACAUGGAUCAAAGCCGGGAUCGAGAAAGUGGAUGGCGAAUUCUUUGCAUCCGUUGCUGCUGCGAAACCGUACUCGGACUGGAGUUUGGUCAAGCUGAGCGAGAGCUGUGCUACCUUUGAGAUGGAGAAGGCAAAGGGAUCACUUUGGAUAUAUGCCACUGGACAGGAUGGCAAAAGAACACCAGUGAGAAAACUGACUUGGGUGGUUGAUGUGGCUCCUGAAAAUGAUAUCUGGAUUGGCGUUGCGGCUUGUAUGCCGAAGGGCGAUGAGAGUCAGAGCGGCGGAAUGUUGAAAGUGCAAUUUCGAGACUUUUCUGUCUCAACUGAAUAG